CUGCCGUAUAGUAGUACUAAACUUCAGAUAUUAUGCUGUGCCGCAUAGGAAGUACUAUAUAGAGGAACAUUGUUCACCAUCUCAUUAGAGUACCGCGUUCAGGCAUCAAGAAGGCGUAUGGUAGCCUCAGGCCGCCAAGCGCAACGUCACUUUCGCAGACCCGCGCAUUUCGGGCAUUCAAGACUGUAGAUCCUUGACUUGUAUCAACCAGACUAGACAGCCGCUGCUCCAGAACUCCUGUGACUCUCAUCGUUGCAUCAUAUCCAUCUCAUAGAUCGCGGUCAUGGAGCCCAUCGCCGAGCCCCGCGACCGCUUCAAUCUCCGUAAAGCACUCCUCCUUGUCGAAAGGGACAUCAAAGCCCUGGAAAAGCAGGAGAUACAUACCUUAGACCAAAGUGUGCUGACACGGUGCAGAGUUCGGGCUUUGCCUCUAAGCCUUGAUGCUGGUGACUCGCUCGCACCAAAGUUUUUCACUUCUUUUGCCCCUAGUGACAUGCCGGAGCCAACGCCAGAAUUUGUCGACAGAGAAUACAACACCGACGAGCUGACCCUGUCCAGUGAGCGCGGACGACUGAUAUACUUUUAUCUUAAGUCAUACGUGAGCGAAAUGAUUGUCGACUUUCCAGAGGUCCAUCGAACGUGGUCAAGCAAACAGAUCGAUGACAAUCAUCUGCUUUGCGGGGAAGUAUUGACUGUCAUUCGGAUCAUGUUGGGCCAGCUCAAACAGAAAAUGUUUGUUAAUGAUAUGGUUGCACCAGUUCUGCUCUUUUCGCUCAACCAACGGCAUCCGCGUGUCAUGGAGGCAUACUUUGAUGGCCAGGAACUGUUGAUUCGCCGCACUAAAUCCUACGACUUUAGAUUCCUCAACAUAGCUGGGUUCAAGACCUUUACACAAUGGUUCCUCGGCGAUCCUAUUGGUAUCACGUCCAGAGAAGCGGUUCGGACUUGAUGGGUCGAUCUUAGAUUGAGGGUGCUUGAGUUAUCUUUUUUUGUUGUUCUGGAAACAUUCUAUAACGCGAUCAGGUCUUUAGUCACAUCUGGAAAUACUUCAUAUCAAAUCACU